UAUCGCCAUCCAAUCACAUCACAGAGCGCCAAGUUCUCUCCAAACGUCAACAACAUGGCGGAAAGAGAUGCAGAAGUCACGUUCAAAAAGGAAACUGUGAGCAAACUUCUAUCCACCUUCUUCAAGGAGGACAAAAGCAGAUUAAGCAUCGAGGCCACGCUGCUCAUGGCGGAGAUGCUGAAAAUAUUCGUCCAAGAGGCAGCCGUGCGCUCGCAGAAACAAGCCGAAAGAGAGGACUGCGACCGGGUGGAGAUUGAACACUUUGAAAAGAUCCUGCCACAGCUGCUGCUGGACUUCUAGCUGCCACAAGAUGCCGCCAGAGUGUUUCGUGACUUGCCCUUCAAAACGUUUUUUUUUUUUUUUUCCUUGUCUUUUUUUAAUUCCGCUUGUGUCACUCGCCUUCCAAAAGAAGCCAAUAAACGCCUCCCCCCCCCCGCCCGCUUUUUGUUUUGAGCCGUGUGCGUGUUGCGAGCACCCCCACCACCUGCGCAACAACAGGUGCUCCCAGCAUGCUCGGCGGGCGCCCCGCAUCAAAGCCUGCCGCGGCAGUUGGAAGCAAUUAGAGUAAUAAGGGGAGCAGCGAGUCUCUUAGAUGAUGACAAGUGCCAGGAACACACACCAAAAAAACAAAAAAGGGAAAAGAAGUACCCCCUCCGGCCGCUUUGAAGUUCCCUUUUGCCGUCCUGCGAUGUUUAGUUAGAGGUGGAGGGAAGGCCGAAAGGGGAGCUCUGGCGCAGGGGGGGAAAGUUGAACGUGCGUGUACGGGUUAGCCAAACACGGCCCGGGGGACCACACGCAUAGACGCUCUGUUUGAAGGGAAACAUAACAAAACACGGUGCAACACGGCCCGAAGAGGUGCAGGGUGUCAUUGCGGAGGGAAAUAAACACUAAACAGAAAAGAUAGAAAGAGCGAGAGGAGCCGGUCCUCCUUUCAUCCCCGUGGAAGUUCUCUUAAUGGUUUUCCUUUCAUUGUGAGUCAGCGUAACACCUCACGCUAUUUAUCCGUGUGACUCACCAGCUGGGAGUCCAUCUGGAAGCGAGUUUGGGGAGGGGGGGGCGGGAAUUCCACACGCCGCCUUAUUUAGAUUCACGUUCUCCCCGCGCGCACGGCCAAGUUUUUCCUGUCACUAAUUUGUUAGGUUAAUAACUGCUGACGCUAAGAGGAGCCCGCAAGACCCGCGUGCCAAAGUGCCACUUAGCGCGCGGGCCGACCUGCUCGUUCCGGUGACGGGCCGCCGCUUUUUACGCGCGUUGACGCUUCGUUGCUGCGGCCGGUGACUCGCAACCGGUGGUCCACUUAUCGCUUAUAUCCAGCUGAUGCCACGCAAACAACACAAUAAAGAGUUUUGUCUUGAACUACGCAGGCCGCAUGUCCACGUUGCCAAUGUGCACUUGGAAAUAAAUUGAUACAUAAAUUGA